GAGGAGGCAGCGCAGGGUCAGCCCCCUUGCGGGUGACGUCUCUGAGGCGGGCUAUAAGAGCCUCCCUGUGCAGCCUGCCCAGGCUUCUCCAACUCCCAGUCCAGCAGGACCGGAGCCACCAGACGCCGGUGCCUGCCACUCCGCAGACCAAAGCUCCGAUUGCGGGGACCAAGACAGAGACGGAGACAAAAUCUCCAGUUGGACCCGCGGACCCACCCAGAACCCCAACCACAGACUGAGAACUUUUGCAGGUCGCGCUGUGAGGAGUACCUCCUUAGCCCCAAGUCCUCAGGCAGCGCAAAAAAAAAUUUUUUUUUUAAAUUUGUUUGCUUGCUUGCUCGUUUGUUUUUACCUUUCCCACUGCACAGGCAAGGAGUUGCAAACAGCAGCAGGUGCACAGAGGCGAGAGUCCCUGCUUCCUGGUGCCUUGGUCCUUGGUAUUUCUUUCCCUUUUCCAUUCCAACGCAGAAGAGACACUGUCUCCCGAUUUCUGAACUCAGAUGAUCCCUGCAGCUUGAAAGUGAAGGUAUUCUGGGCCUCCAGGGACAGACAGCGCAUCUAGACGUGUUUGUCUUCAGAGUGCCAACUCUCCAGUUUGCAACGGGAGGAUUCUGCCCAGGAAGAGCCUGCGGCCCUUCUGUCUCUGUUAAGCAAGCAAGACCCUGACCCCAGGCACCUGGACCUCAGGAUACUGCAGCUAAGGGGGCGGUUGGACAAAGGAGGACUGAACUGCUUAGCAGAGGAAUGGAUAACGUUCUCCCAGUGGACUCAGACCUCUUCCCCAACAUCUCCACCAAUACCUCAGAGUCCAACCAGUUCGUGCAGCCAGCCUGGCAAAUUGUCCUGUGGGCAGCUGCCUACACGGUCAUUGUGGUGACCUCUGUGGUGGGUAAUGUGGUGGUGAUGUGGAUCAUCCUGGCGCACAAGAGAAUGAGGACGGUGACCAACUACUUCCUGGUUAACCUGGCCUUCGCCGAGGCCUCGAUGGCAGCAUUCAACACGGUAGUGAACUUCACCUAUGCGGUCCACAACGAGUGGUACUAUGGCCUGUUCUACUGCAAGUUCCACAACUUCUUCCCCAUCGCAGCUGUCUUCGCCAGCAUCUACUCCAUGACUGCUGUGGCCUUUGACAGGUAUAUGGCCAUCAUCCAUCCGCUCCAGCCCCGGCUGUCAGCCAUGGCCACCAAGGUGGUCAUUGGUGUCAUCUGGGUCCUGGCGCUUCUGCUGGCCUUCCCCCAGGGCUACUACUCAACCACAGAUACCCUGCCCAACAGAGUGGUAUGCAUGAUCAAGUGGCCAGAAGAUCCUGACAAGAUUUAUGAGAAAGUAUACCACAUCUGUGUCACCGUGCUGAUCUACUUCCUCCCGCUGCUGGUGAUUGGCUACGCAUACACGGUGGUGGGAAUCACGCUCUGGGCCAGCGAGAUCCCCGGAGACUCCUCUAACCGCUACCAUGAACAAGUCUCUGCCAAGCGCAAGGUGGUCAAGAUGAUGAUUGUGGUGGUGUGCACGUUUGCCAUUUGCUGGCUGCCCUUCCACAUCUUCUUCCUCCUGCCCUACAUCAACCCUGACCUCUACCUGGAGAAGUUCAUUCAGCAGGUCUACCUGGCCAUCAUGUGGCUAGCCAUGAGCUCUACCAUGUACAACCCCAUCAUUUACUGCUGUCUCAAUGAUAGGUUCCGCCUGGGCUUCAAGCAUGCCUUUCGAUGUUGCCCUUUCAUCAGUGCCGGUGACUAUGAGGGGCUGGAAAUGAAGUCCACGCGGUGCCUGCAGACCCAUGGCAGUGUGUACAAAGUCAGCCGGCUGGAGACCACCGUUUCCACAGUGGUGGGGGCCCAUGAAGAGGAGCUGGAUGAUGGCCCCAAAACCACACCCUCCUCCCUGGACCUGACCUCCAAUGGCUCCUCUCGCAGUGACUCCAAGAUGACAGAGAGCCUGAGCUUCUACUCCAAUAUGCUCUCCUAGGUUACAGGGCCUCAAGCUGGAGCAGCUGCUGUUGUCUCUGUCUUGCUUCACUGUAUGCAUGAACAGCUUCCUCACCCAGAAACCAUCAGAAAUGCCCUAACCAUGUGGUUUAUGAAAAACAGUGUCAUGCUAAGGGGAAAACAUUUCAUCCCGGAAUUAGAAACCUGUAUUCUCCCGUGUCUGUGCCGUUCCCAUGUUGUGUGGCCCUAGGCAAAUCACUGAACUUCUCUGAGUCUGUGAGUGAGAAGAGUGAACUAGAUCUUCUCUAUAAUCUGUUCUGUGACUCUAGUCACAUUUGGUUGCAUGUGGGCAGUUAUUUCAAAAAGAAUCUUUUUGAAUAGCAACAUAUCCAACUGAUCUGUCUGCCUAGGGCUCCCCAACAUAUAAUAGACUUUUUUUUUCAGCCAUGCUCAGAUCAUCUUCUGUGGUUUACAUCACACAGACUUUGCCUGAGAGAGGGGACUGAGAAAGGAAGCACCUGAAAUGUGGAUGGGUGAGUGCAUCUUCUAAGCAUCCAUGGGAAGAAAAAAAAAUCUUAUUCCUUUUUUAUGUCUCAAUAUUUCAGUGCAUUGAAAACAUCACAAGUCUGGGGUUCAUUUGCAUCAAUCUCUAGUGACUGACAUAAGUAAUCAAUGGAGGCAAAAUAUGUCCACUAACACCAGCUAAUGGAUGCAUGGACCAAGAGUUAGAAGACCUGUACCACAAUCUGUUGGAAUCUCUUUUUUCUUCACUUGUAGAAAUAUGGGGCUGGACUAUAUCAUGUAAAUAUGCCCCUCUCAGUGAUUACUUAAAAUGUUUAUGUCACAGAAAAAUCAGUGAUCUUAAAAAGAAUAGGAGCAUGAUGGCAGAGGACGAUCUAGAAGGGGUUGAAUUGUUAUGUGGAAAGCUGAGAAAUGUUACACAUGUACAAACUACUGUAUUUUACUGUCAACUGUAAGCCAUUAAUGCUCCCCCCAAUAAAGAGGAAAAAAAAGAAUAGAAUAGGAGCAGCAACUCUACAUGCUGAACACCCAGUCCCUAGAGGUAUAGCAACUGCUAAGGCUAUGUAUAAGUAUUCAUAUUAGAUAAUCCUGAUUUAUCUUAAAAAUGUGAGCACUCUCUCCUUCUCACCAGGUUUUGGUCUGUAACGAAGAAGAGGAAUUUAUGUUGACAUUUGCAUUCAUGCAUCAAGCUCUAACAGUCCAAAUCAUACUGCUGUGAGGUCAAAUUCUACUAGUCUGGCCUUUGGGAUCUCUUAAGACUGGGGUACUAGUCUAGAUUUCCAUCUUAUAGUGGUAGAAAGCAUAUCCUCAUGUGCCCAAUGACCAAGAAGGGUUGUGUUGUUACACCUUCCCUUACAACUCUCUGACUCUACCCUUCCUGUCACCAUGGUUUUACUGGACUCCUAACUGUAAGAGGUGGGAGCACCUAUCAACCCUAAAAAAAUAGUCUACAAGAGUCAUGAACUUAUUGCCUUGUGUUUCUAUAAAGCCUUGGAAUUUCUAGCACAUGAGCAUGCGGUUUCUGUCUCCUAGGUCUGUGCUUUGUCCACCUGUCUCUGGGAGACAAGCCUCAGGUAACAUCCACAAAUGACUUCCUCAUGUUUUGAAGGAAAGAUGCACAGGAUAUUCUUCCAUUGUGUUGGGGAAAAAUAAUGCUUCCUACAGGUUCUCCAGCUUUGAAUACAAGGCAUGUUCUCUCUAACCUAACCAGGGCAUUUGGCAAGCUUAAGAGGACUUGUAGAGCAGCGGUAUAAAGGAAAAAGACACAAGAACCACAUUCUACAAAGCAGUAUGGGAAGGGUUAAAUAAAUUAAGUAAAGCCAGAUCACUCCAUAGAUUGAGGACAUAAGCAUGGGAUGACAAGAGUCAAUACCCAAGGUAUUAAUCAUACUUCUAAUGAAGAAUCAUGCCAUGUAUGGAGUAUUCACUUCAGAAGGACAUAAAUAAUCUGCAUGGUUAGGAGAAGUACCUGAGAAGAAAGUAUUGAGGACUGAAACCAGGUUGACGACAUCCUUUCUAUGGAAGGAGUCAGAGUUGAAUGGAUCAAGGAUUAGCUAGUGCCUGCUCAGCAUCUGGCCCUGAGCUAGGAGCACACAGCUAGUUCCUUCAGCUCCUGAGGAACCUGCCAAACUGACCUUUGCCAACUCAUCAGUCCCUACUUGGUCCAGGCCGCCUAGCAGGCCAGGGGGCAGUGGAGAAGUAGAUUCCUCAUGUAAUUCUAGAGAGAUGCAUUCAAAGUAGGUAAUCAAGCCAAAG